GUUGACAAAUUUAAAAACGUACCACACACAUCUGCGACAGAUUACCUGCAUCUUUAUUUUUGGAAAGACAUCAAUAAUAUUUUUAAUCAUGAACGAGUUAAAAUCAAUGGAACAUGCUACGUUGAAGGUGCCGUACGAAGUUUUAAUAAAAAAUAUCGCAACGCCCAGCGUGUGUUCGACGUGGAAGCAAGGCAGGUGGCCAGUAGCGCUAGUGAACUUGAAGCCUGUAAGAAUCAACCAGUCACCACAACUGAGAUUGAGUGGCUGCUUGGGGGCAUGGUUGAAAAACUGAAGACGAUGAAGCGUAAGGCAUCAGAGGCCAUUGCCGAGGAGCUGCAAGUGGCGUACGUGUGCAAGAAGCGGCUCGAGCACCUCAAAGAGCAAGCCAGCGCUCUCGCCGAACCCAACACGCCGCAAGUCAGGACUGCGCUUAAUCAGUGGCGUAAGGUUCGUCUCGACCGGAUGCUGGUGGACUAUUUCCUGCGCAAUGGCUACUACGAGUCAGCGAACAAGCUGGCCGAUACACGUGACCUCCGCGACCUCACAAAUGUUGACAUCUACUGCGCGGCGGCGGAGGUGGAGGCGGAGCUGGCGAGCCGGCGCACGGCGCGCUGCCUGCAGUGGUGCGCCGACAACAAGUCCAAGCUGCGCAAACUCAACUCCACCAUGGAGUUCAACAUACGCAUACAGGAAUUCAUCGAGCUGGUACGCGAAGACAAGCGCCUGGAAGCGGUACGCUACGCCAAGAAACACUUCUCCAACUUCGAGGAAGGGCAGCUGAAGGAUAUACAGCACUGCAUGGGCAUGCUGGCAUUCCCUAAG